UACAGGAAGACGCUUCAGUCACGCGAGAUUUUAGCCGCAGUUGGUAGCCAGAGAGUAUAUGUUGGUAGCCCCGAAGAUGUGCACGCGGUUUUUAGUUGCAAGUUGUAGUUUGCAUCUCUGUUGGUUUUUGUUGGUGAUGAUGUGAAUGGUCUUUAAAUUACACGUGCGGUGCUGUAAACAUUUUCCUUUUUAGAUUUUUAUCAACUAAACUAAUAGAAAUGUUGGAGCCAAUUCAAAUCAAGCAAGAAAAAUCUGACCCCAGCAAGAAAAAUGCUCUUGUGUGUACAUGUGAAUGUGACGUAAAAAAACCCCUAAACUUGAAGAAAGUGAGACAGGUUCUUGUGAAUUUUGGAUUGAAUAGAAAGAAAGUGUUUACACUAAAUGGGAAGAAUGAAACAUUGUAUGAACAGUUCAAAAAACAUAUUCUGAGUGAACCUGCAUUCUCAGAGCUCUUGGAAGAUUCGUAUGUUGUUUUCCAAGAGUUCAGUGUAAAAUUUGGAACGUGGGUGGAUAUUGAUGACAAUGAAACAUUUAAAGAUGGUACUGUACUAAACGCAGUAUUUUUUCCAAGUAAUAUAGAACGAGAUGAAUCUAAUCCAGGUUACAUUAAAAAGAAAGAAAUUUGUUUUGUGACAGGAAAAGAUAAUAAGAAACGUCCCUCUGAAAUAAUUAAUAUUGAUUUAAGUGAUGAGGAUGAACAGUCAACUAGCUCUGUAAACAAUGCAAAACAUUGUAAAAAGAGCAAAUCCUCUAAAGCAAGAAUAGAGGGGCCAAAUAAUGGAGAAGAAAUAGAAGUGAGGAAUUUUAAGAAUAAUGAAAAAAAGUCUAAAAAGGUUAAGUCUACUGUAUUAGAGGUGAAAAAGGGAGAAGAACAAGAAAAUCAAGAGAAGAAUCUUAAAAAGAAUAAAGAAAAAUUAAAAAAGAAGAAUAAGAUUCUGCCUGAAGAAAAUUAUAACAAAGCUGUUAAUUCAAAAUUGAAGAAAAAUAUGGAAACCAGUGACAAGAAAGACGAAGUGUGUCUGAAAAAAUAUGAACAUUCCAAGAAGAUUAACAUGGUCCUAUCUCAAGAAAAUUCUCAAAAUGAUGAUGAAUCAAAACCUAUAAACUUGCAAAAGAACUCUGAACCAAAUAAAAGCUGGCAUCAGCUUCAAAGAAUGCAUGGCAAAAGAACGGAAAUGAAACUUCCAGGACUUUGGUUCAAAAUGGGAAUUCGUAUGUGUCGCAAAUCUACAAUGUAUGUGCCCAAAACAAAUGGUCGGUUCCUGAAUUUACAACUAAAGAAGAAUCAUAUGGUUUUUCGUGUCAGGUUGCUGAUUAUAAAUGCCAUUUCACUUGGUGGCCAAAUUGUGAAAAUUUUCAUGGUGGAUGAACUACUGGUGCAAUUUCAGAAUAAUCUAUGUUACUGUACAUAUGAUAUGUAUGUUUUAUUAAAAAUAUAAAGCCGAUUUUAAUAUACAUUUUAAGUAGAAUUGUAUGCUUAUUUUUGUGUACUAUUUCAAUAAAUGAAGUUAUAGAGAACUA